CCACACGGUCCUAUGAGUUGAAGACAUGAUAAAACACAAUUACAACAUACUUCAAAUUUGAAUUACUAGAAAAUCUGUGUUGAACAACUUUUUCCUGUCCCGUACAAACAACUACGGUGGAUGAGCGACAGAGCGACACUUGUUUUGCCCUCGUAAUCCCCAAAAGCGUCUGCUAGCGCUGUGUUUGUUUACUUCGUUUGUGCCUGGUUUGUAGCAAGAAGCCGGUAAGGUUUUCAAUGGCAACAGCAGCAGCUGAGGACCCUGUCGAACCCGCUAAACCUGUUGAGGUUAUUCCAUUUUACUUCAAAGACUUAGUUGAUGCUGAAGGCAAACGUGUUAUAACCAGGACAAAAUCUCUCCGAUAUGUAUGCUGUAUUUGCAAGAAACAAUUUGGUACUAAACUGCCGUGCAUUAAACAUGUUGAUAUUGCUCAUCAUAUACAAGUGAAGGAGAUGAAGCUGACAGAUACAGCUCAUAGAGACAGCCCCUCAAAUUGUCGCAUUUGCUCUAAAACUUUCUCCAACCAGAGAAAUUUGUACAGGCAUGCACGUAAGCAUCAUUCUGUAAAUGUGGCUAGUCAAAUUCGAGUACCGUUGUUCAAAGAUGAUGCAGAGCAUAAAAGAGAAGCGUGCCCAAUUUGCGAUAAAACGUACACAAGAAUCAGUGCUGUUAACCGCCACAUACGUCGUAGACAUUCACAGCUUCUAGAAGACAAUCAACCUGGUGUGGUUUCUUGCCAGUUUUGUGCCAUGAAAUUUCCUGAUGACAACAGUUGUUCUGGACAUAUGUCAAACUACCACCAUGCUAUCGUAAUAACUGAAAGACAAAUUGGAUCUGAUGAACUGCUUGUGCAGUGUACGCUAUGUGAUUUGCAGUUCAACGACCAGCCUAGUUUCAAGGAGCAUCUAUCUUGUGCGCAUGGAGAAGAUUUGCAUGAAUUUUGUGUCCACGUUACAAGUGAAAGUGAAGAAGUUGAAGAGACCAUUAAGACUCUAAACUGUGAUGAGUGCCAUUUAUCCUUCACUGAGGAAAAUACCUGGAGAUGUCAUAUGAAAGAGGACCACAAGGCAUUCCCUGAAUCUUGCUGUCAGAAAUGUGGAGACCAUUCCUUUAAAACUGUUCAAGAACUUAAAUGUCAUUUGAAAGAUGCUCACUUUGUAAUUGUGGAUAAGAAAAGUACAAGCAGAAUUACCACUCCUCUAAGAGAAAUGCAAUCGGAAGGUGUUAAAAUUGGCCUUGCUGCACCUGAGUUUAAUGUUCUACAGAAAAUUCCUGAAUGGCUUGUGAAACAUGGAGAUGGGAAGCUGCUUUUGGCAAUUUACAAAUAAAUUCAAAUAAAUUCAGACAGUAAACUUUUUU